AUGUUCAUCACAAGCUCCAGAACAGAUGAUAUGGGAAAGCUGACGGUACGAAUGAAAAAUGGUCUUGGGAGCUCCCGGUACAAACCAGCUGAAUAUGAAAAACUGCAGGCCGUUAUUGAAGCCAAGCGCCUGGAGUCUGAUAUAAUUGGAGAAAAGGUUGAAAAGGCUCGCUGUGCAGCCAAGGCAGCCAAAGAGAGCUCCAUUUUGCGGCAACACAGACAGGUGUGGAGCAGAGAGUGCCCUGGGCUCCAAAAGGCUGAGGAGAAGGCUGAGGAUGACCUCUGUGAUUUUCUCAAGCAGAUUAGACCAAACAGCAUAACAGACACUGCCAUAUUUUCACUUCCGGAAUAUGAGCAGUUUAUUGCGGGAGACCGGGAGUCGUUCAGGAUGGCCACCGUGGAGCCUGUCCAGCAGCUGAGAGAUGACCUGCGCUUCAGACUGGGUGAAAUACGGCAGCAGCAGUCGUCUGCACAUCCAUCAAACUGGGAACAAGUAACACACCAGGUUUGCUUUGUUAAAGACCAGCAGCAGGGCAUCAUUGCAGAUCUUCAUGCCGAGUUCCUGGACGUGGAGAAGGAGAUCAUGGAUCUGGACUUGGAAAAAUAUCUCACUCCAGAUCAUUUGGUGAAGACAGAAGACAUUCCAGAAGAGGUUUUGGAUUCGGACUGCCCUUACCCAGAGCUGAAGGACUCGUUAACCCAAGCCUUCCUCUCCCUGUCAGAAAAGUAUCAGAGCAGGUUGCAGAGUCUCCAAGAGCAACUUCAAAAAACCGACAGGUUCUGUGGCUGGCGUCCAGAGCAUCAUGAGCAAUUCCUCUUCAUAGUGUCUCAGUACACUUAUGGCAUACCCAACUACAGAGAGCUGUGCAUGGACAUGCUGCUGAGGCUGUUUCCUGGGAAGACAAAACUAGAACUGAUGGAUCAUGAGCGUGCGUGGGACAUGAGAUGCUUCCUCCAGACCCAGCUGAGAGCGGUGGCCGAGCAGUGGCAGCGAGACCAGGAGGAGCUGCGGUUCAGAGCCCUGGUCACGCUCCAGGAGGCCAAACAUGCCCACCAGGCGGAGCUGGAGCUCCACAGAGACCGACGGCACCAGCAGGACAUCUGCUCACACCUCAAAGAGAAGCUGCAGCAGUGGCGGACUCAGCAGGAGGAGGUGGCCAAGCUGGAAGCGGCGAUAGCAGCAAGACGUCGGGAGAAGGAAGAAGCCAGGUCAAAAAGGCAGCAGGAGAAACAAGCAGCCGUCAGGUCACGGCAGAAAGAAAAAGUCAAACAGUUUUAUUUAAAGCAGCAGAAGAGGCUGGAGACGCUGGAGCAGCGGGAUCAGGAGAGACUUGCUAAACUGAGGAGUGUCAUGGAAGAGCAGGCCAGACGAGAUAAACAGAGGGUACAGUUUCGGGCGGAUUUGUGCGAGCAGCGAAGGAUGGAGAGAGAAGCCCGGGAGCUCGAGCGGCAAAGAGAGGAACAAGAGAGAGAGAAUCGUCUGCGAGCUCUCAGGAACCAGGUGGUGGCAGAGGCAGAUCCAGAGAGGAUGAUGGCAGACACAGAAGCCUGGAGGAGUCGACACUUGAAUGCAAAAGAGUUUGAACUCCAAAGACCUCUCUACAAUAUAAACACGUACACAGACACUCAGAUUGUGUCUGAUCCGCGGAUGCGUGUUGAGUGUGCUCUGCGGGAGGCCGGCAUGCAUCACAGCCACUACGCCCAGGAAGUUUUAUCUGUCGUCAGGCCCCUCAAACCACCUCGGCGAGACACCCAGUCCGCGCUGAAAUUCUAG